GGGGACAAGAUACGACCCUGGCAACUCCUGAAGCUUUUGUGAGGCUUUUUAGCGAAGUUGGUGGACUGGAAAUACAGUUCUCUGCUGUAGAUACACAUUAGAAGAGGAAUCAGUUUGCAGGGCACUUUGUUGACUUUUGACACGAGCUCUAUGCAAAGAGGAAUUAUAAGUAACGAGCGAGGGGACAGCAAGUAUAGUUUCUGUCUAGCUUUUAUUGUCGUGGGUUAGUAAGAGGGUUACUUUGGUGAAGAUGGAGGAUCACGACCUUGCCCACGAUGACACGUUUUACCCUGCUUCGACGGUACUUCUGGUCACCAACCUCCAGCGAUACCUUCUCCUAGCCUCCCUAGCACUGAGCUCCUUCCUCUUCGGAUGCAAAGUCAAGCCUGACGACUUCACCAAGUGUGUCCAGCAACCCGUAGCUCUAUGGCUUUCCAUGAUGGUCUCCGUUAUCCUGGCUCCUCUCACGGCUUACGUCUUGUCACUGAUCAUACAUCUGAACUAUUCUUACGGUCUGACCCUUCUCAUAACAUCCAUAUGCCCGGCCGGGGCGCUAUCACCCGUUUUCGCCUACUACACCCAAGCCGACGUGUGCCUUUGCCUAUCUGUGUUCGUGUUGUCUACCCUGAUGUCUGUGGGCAUGAUUCCCCUGGGCGUCUUCCUGUGCUCCAGGGCGUACAGACAGCUCAGGCUUGCCGUGCUUCCCAACAAUGUCAUUGUGAUCGCACUCUGUGUCGCGAUCGGUUGCAUCGCUAUAGGAAUGACAGUCAGGCACCGCAAGCAGAAAAUGGCGGACAAGAUUGUUUUGGCUCUGGGUUACACGCCCACUCUUAUCAUCGUCGCCAUGCUCAUCCUCGUUGGUACCACCAUCCCACACUCCAUGCACUUCUCAGUCUCGGAGUUCUUCACCGUCCUCCUCUACCACUUGAUCCUUAUGUCUGGUACGUACAUCCUCGGCUAUCUCAGCGGACAGACGCACGGGUCAUGCCGUGCCAUGGCGCUCUCUUCGGCCAGUAAGAGUAUUCUACUCGCGAAGACCAUCGUCCAUACUUCCUUCAUGGGGGACGUGCUGGUGUCCACCUUGCCCAUACCCACCCUGUUUCUUAUCCAGUAUCUUGUGAUUGGAUUCCUUUUAUCUGCUUUGCAUAGGAUUUAUAGGUAUCAUCUCCCUACUCCUGUGUUUGUACAGAGUGAGUAAUAGAAUAAAAGAAACCCAAAUGUCAGGACCAUUGUUUUAGUGAAAUUCUGCAUGUAGCACUUUCACAAGCUAGGAUAUAA